CACAUCUUCAGGACUCUUCAGCGUAGUCACAACCUCAUCUAUAACAUUCAAAAUGGUUGCGAAGUGCGUCAUUCUUUUCGCCCUCUUGGCUGCUGUAAGCGCUGACUUCUCCAGUUUCUCAUAUGGAGUAGCAGACCCCUACACCGGUGACUUCAAGCACCAAUUCGAGACUCGCAACGGUGAGAGAGUUCAGGGCCAAUACGCCCUCUUGGACUCAGAUGGAACACAGAGGACCGUCGACUACGCUGCUGGUGCUGAAGGAUUCAACGCUCUUGUGAGGAAGGACCCCGCUGUUGUUGCACCAAUUGCCCGCGUAGCCUCCAUUGCCCCUAUUGCUCCCCUUGGUCUCCGCUCUUACGCUCCCUACGCUCCAUACGCCUACGCUCGGUACGGAGCUUACGGCUACCCUUCACCUUACUACUACUGAUUCAACGAAAGCUUUUCACGACGGAACACAAAUCUUAAAAAUUUGUAAAUAAUGUAAAUAAAUUAAAUCCAACAUCAGAA